AUGGAGGAAAAGGUUCAUAAUACAUUGAAAAUCAUUGAUGAUGAUGGGGACUCCUUUGCAAAGAGGGCAGAAAUGUAUUACAGGAAGAGGCCGGAGCUAGUUGUCUUUGUCGAAGAAUCUUUUCGCGCCUACCGAGCGUUAGCAGAGCGAUACGAUCACUUGUCAAGAGAUAUGCAGAGUGCGAACCGCACCAUUGCCACAGUUUUUCCGGAGCGAGUUCAGUAUGCAAUGGAGGACGAGGAUGAUGAGAUUGCUUCUCAAACAUCAACUUCUUCGGACGUUCUUAACAAAGUGUCACCGAAUGCAUCCAAAAACAUUCCAAAAGUCCCCAAAGCCCCCAAAGAUUUCAGGAGCAAAUCCAUGUUAUCAAGGAAGGGCAUGCUUAAGCGAAAUACAAGCUCUGCUAAAGCUACCCUAGCUGUUACUUUGAGGUCUGGGCUGACCAAAGAUGAGGCGUUGGAAGAAAUCGAUAAGCUUCAGAAGGAUAUUUUGGCACUGCAGACAGAAAAAGAGUUUGUGAAGAUCUUGUUUGAACGCGGAUAUGACAGGUACUGGGAGUUUGAAAACCAGAUCACUGAUAUGCAAAAAAGAGUUUGCAACUUGCAAGAUGAGUAUGGAAUUGGCACUGUUAUCGAAGACAAUGAAGCUCGAACGUUGAUGGCUGCCACAUCUUUGAAAUCAUGCAAAGACAGCUUGACAAAGAUGCAAGAGAAGAAAGAGAGAUCAGAAGAAGACGCGAGAGCUGAGAGCCAAAGGGUUAGAGAAGUCUGCACCAAGUUUGAGAGCCUCAGAAAUGAAUUCCGUUUGAAACACGCAGAUUGGAGCGAUACAGAUGAGUACGAGUAUGAGAACAUUGACGUAGAGUCAUUGAGUCUAGACCAAGAGAGACAUGAUGAUCAGGACUCAUUGCAGUCUAAGGUUCUGGAACAGCUUGAUACGAAUUCAAAUACCUCAAUUUCUAUGGCAGAACUGGCAGAAAAAAUUGAUGGACUUGUGAACAAGAUUGUGAAUCUGGAAACUGCAGUCACUUCUCAGAAUGCUCUAGUAAAUAGAUUAAAAUUAGAAACCGAUGAGCUUCAGGCGCACAGCUCGGAACUUGGAAGAGGAAAAGAGACUUUGAUGGAAAAUGCGGACAAGAUGAGCAAACGGCUAAAGGAAUUAGAGGAGGAGUUACGAAGAAUUAGAAAUUUAAACAGAAGUGUGGAAGACCAGAAUAAAAACCUCCAAGCACAUUUCACAGAAGCUAGCUGUAACCUUGACCAUCUGUCUGGAAAACUGAAUAGUGUGAAGCACGAAGAUGAGGAUGAGAAUGUUGGCCUGUUCCAGGAUGUGAAAGCAGUUGAUGCCAAACCCGAAAAAGAGAUUGAAGAAGAUUCAGAAAAGUCGGUUCUUGAUGAUGAUUCAGUGGUCUUGGAAGACAAAGUGACAGACGGUGAAGUUCAGAAAGAGGAUGUUACGAUUCUUGAAACUUCUGUCAAGGCAGAAGAUGACGAAGAAAAGCAAUCAGACCAACCAAUGCCUCAGGAACAACAAGAGAGACAAGAUUUGGCUGAGGUUGUUGAUCCACAAGAGUUGGAAUUGGAAAAGGAAGACCAGCCAAACUGGAGACAUCUGUUCCUGAAAGGGUUAGAGGAUAGAGAAAAGGUUCUUCUGGAGGAGUAUACUUCAAUUCUCCAUGAUUACAAGGAUGCAAGAAGGAAGCUUAGCGACGUGGAGAAGAAAAACCGGGAUAACAUCUUCGAUUUAGCAAUGGAGAUUAGGGAAUUAAGGGGUGUAGUUGCCUCCAAGGACAAAGAGAUUAAACUUUUGAAGCAAAAAGUCAGCUCCCCAGAAACAAAUCCGGAUGACAGUCCUGCGACAGUAUAUAAAUAUCCAACUCGGGAAGGCCCUCUCGAGAGUCCAACCAAAGUUGUUGCAUGCCCAUACUCAACUGUUGCAUCACUAAAUUUGGACAAAGAGAUGAUUUCCAAUUACCUUGGUGAACAAGGAACAGAGAAAUUUGAGGACUCGUCAGGAAACUCAAAGGUCUCGCCGAGAAAGGAGGAGGAAAGAAUAAUGAGGAGAAAAACCACUGUUAGACCUCAUUCUGUUUCAGCAAUCGAAGGAAGGUUCCGUUCAGACAUUGAUGAGUUACUGGAAGAGAAUUUAGAAUUCUGGUUGAGGUUUAGUACCUCGGUUCACCAGAUACAAAAAUUUCAUACUUCGAUACAGGAUUUACAGUCUGAGCUAUUGAAACUAAAGAACAAAAAGAAGCAUGAUGGACAAGCUCUACAAUCGGAUGCCAGACCAAUAUAUCGACACCUAAGAGAGAUACAAACGGAACUGUCAUUAUGGUUGGAACACAAUGCAGUACUGAAAGAUGACUUGCAAGGUAGAUUCUUAUCCUUGUGCCACAUUCAAGACGAGAUAUCGAGACUCUCUAAUUUAGGCUCAGAAGGGGAAAAAAUGAAGCUCAUAAGCAAAUAUCAAGCGGCAAAGUUUCAAGGCGAGGUUCUCAACAUGAAGCAGGAGAAUAAUAAGGUUGCAGAUGAAUUGCAGGCAGGUCUUAGUCGAGUUAAAGGACUUAAGGUUGAGGUCGAGAAGACUCUAGCAAGACUAGAUGGGGAACUUGGGAUUUCAGUAUCAAAAAGCAUUAAUAAUCCCCAAUGCUCAACGAGCAAGGCUCGUAUUCUGCGGUCUUUCUUGUUCGGGAUUAAGCUGAGAAGGAAAAAGCAAUCAAUCUUCUCAUGUGUUAGCCCGGCAUUACAGAAACAACACACUGAUCUUGCAGCAGCUACACCGCCACUAGAACAACCUAUGUAGAUGAUUUUAGUUUUAAUGUCAUCAAGAAUCAUUGUACACAGGAACCAGAGAGA